GAGCAGGUCAAAAAGAGACGCAGUUUCCUGACCCGAACGCUGUGGACGUUCAUCAUGAUCGGAGGGUUCAUUACUCUCCUGCUCAUGGGUCAUGGAUACAUGGUACUACUCGUAAUGCUAUGCCAGACUCUUGUGUACCGAGAGGUUACCGCGCUUUUCUCCCUGAAGCGGAAGGAUGGACAGAGUAACAUCAGCGGCCGGGAUCCGUGGAGCAAGACGCUCAACUGGUACUUCUUCGCCGUCACCAAUUACUUCCUUUAUGGCGAGAGCAUCAUCUACUACUUCAAGCAUGUAGUGUUCUCCAACGCCCAGCUGACGCCGUUCGCAACGAACCACCGUUUUGUCAGCUUCACGCUAUACUUGAUCGGCUUUGUGGGCUUCGUGAUGUCGCUCAAGCGUGGUUACCUGAAGCAGCAGUUCGGUAUGUUUUGCUGGGUGCACAUGACGUUGCUCCUCAUCGUCGUGUCAAGCCACUUCAUCGUGAACAACAUUCUCGAGGGUCUCAUCUGGUUCUGGGUCCCCGCCUCCCUUGUCAUCUGCAACGACGUCUUCGCCUAUGUCUGGGGUAUCACCGUUGGCCGUACCCCUCUCAUCAAGCUCUCACCCAAGAAGACCGUCGAGGGCUUCAUCGGCGCGUUCUUCAGCACGCUCGUUUUCGGUCUCCUUUGGGGCACCUACUUCAUGCGCUUCUACUAUAUGAUCUGCCCCGUUGAGGACCUCGGUGUCUCUGCUUGGAGCGGCGAACUGCACUGCACCCCCAACCCGGUUUUCGUCUGGCGUGACUGGGAGAUGCCUCUUCCGCUGCGCGUGUUCCUUGCUCCCGUCCUCGGCAACCGGACCACGAUCCCGUACGCGCCCUACCAGUUCCACCUCCUCGUCCUCGCAUGCUUCGCGUCCCUGGUUGCGCCUUUCGGCGGCUUCUUCGCCUCCGGUUUCAAACGCGCGUUCGACAUAAAGGACUUUGGCCACAGCAUCCCCGGACACGGCGGCAUGACCGACCGUAUGGACUGCCAGUUCCUCAUGGGCGUCUUCACCUACGUCUACUACAGCAGCCUCAUCCGCGAGAACCACGUCACCGUCGGCUCGGUGCUGCAGACGAUCGUCAGCUCCCUCACGGUGACCGAGCAGCUCGAGCUCAUGGCGGACCUGAAGCGGUAUCUCGAGGGCCAGGGCGUACAGGUCAAGCUCUGA